AUGUUGAAGACUCGUCGGGGCGGUACUGGACCAAAGCAGAGAUCUGAAGUGGAGAGGAGAAAUUGGAAAGUAUGGAGGCAGCAGGUCAUGUUGUUGAGGUCGAGGCGUGAACGAGGUCGUCGCGGUAGGAGAUCAGCUUCUGGAAGUCGACGGUUCCAGAAGAACUCGCCAUUAUUGAUCUGGGAUUCGCCAGUAGUGGAGAGGUCAUUUUAUGUAGGGGUGUCAUCUCUGGAAGAAGGUUUACCAGCUUCUCAGUGCUGCACUUUCCGUGGCAGUGUAGCAAAGCUAGAUGUUAGAACUGGUGCAGUCAUAUGGCGGACUUAUAUGCUACCGGACAACGGCGGUAGAUUGAACGGUUACUCAGGAGCUGCAGUAUGGGGAAGCAGUCCUUCUAUAGAUGUGCUGCGGAGACAUGUCUAUGUAGCAACUGGGAACCUCUACACAGCUCCACCUGAGGUGCUUGAAUGCCAAGAGAGACAGAAUAACCAGACAGGAACACCUACACAGCCUGACCAGUGCACCGGUCCAGAUAUCCACUUCAACUCAAUCCUAGCAUUGGAUCUUGUUACCGGCAGGAUUGUAUGGUCUAGGCAGCUAGGUGGUUACGACAUUUUCUACUUUGCUUGUUUGAUACCGAACAACCCCGACUGCCCACCAGGACCUAAUGAUGAUGCUGACUUUGGAGAGGCACCGAUGAUGCUUACCAUACGCCCUAACAGAACAAGACGCGAUGUUGUGGUGGCUGUGCAGAAGAGUGGGUUUGCUUGGGCUCUAGACAGUAACGAUGGAAAUAUUGUCUGGUUCAAGUCAGCAGGACCAGGUAGCAAUGAAGGAGGUGGGAUAUGGGGUGCAGCCACAGAUGGUAAAAGGGUGUACACGAACAUUGCCAAUGGCCAACGACAGAGGUUCACUCUAGCACCAUCAAACCUAACAACAACAGCCGGAGCAUGGGUGGCUCUGGAUUCGGAUACCGGGAAGAUUCUGUGGACAACCGCAAACCCAAGCAACGACAGUGCUCUGGGACCUGUUACAGUAGCCAAUGGUAUUGUGUUUGCUGGGUCUAUAGCUUCAAAUGGUCCUCUAUAUGCCAUGAAUGCGACCACCGGAGAGAUUUUGUGGUCAACUAUUACCGGUGCUUCAAUAUACGGGGGCGUUUCAGCAAGCUAUGGGUGCAUUUACCUAGGAAAUGGGUACACAGUUGGCCUGGCUAAGUUUCAUCCUACAUGGACUGGUGGUACUUCACUGUUUGCUUUAUGCGUUGUAUGA